AUGGCCGGCGUUUCGGAUGAUGUACUCCUAGAUUUGCUGUCAAGGUUACCGGUGGUCAGUCUUGUGCGAUUUAGGUGCGUCUCUAAAUCAUGGAGUGCUUUAAUUGAUAGCUCUUAUCUCGCUCAAUUGCAUCUGAAUAAAUCAUUAAACGACAUCAAAUCUCGCAAGAUGCUUGCUGUUCGUAGAGUAUGUGACUGGAAUAAUGUUGGACGUGAUAUAUUCUAUGCCAUAAGUUUUGAUUUGGGAUUCAAAUUUUCAGAUGUUCAAGAGAUUGAGCCUCCUGUACGGUAUCUUCAGACACGGAUGAGUUUUAUAGGCUCUUGCAGAUUCCUAAUUUGUUUAAGAUAUCAAUUUGACAGAUAUGACUAUGAAAAAAUUGUUUUGUGGAAUCCGUCUGCACGUAGUCACAGGAUACUGCCAUUCAUCCCUGUUGAGAUUGAGGCCUCACAGGACACAAAAGACCGGCCAUAUACAUUUAGUUAUGGAUUUGGAUAUGACAAUGUUAUGGAUGACUACAACGUUGUGAGAUUGGUUUUUGAUGAUGAGAAUGGUGAUUGUGAAGUUAAAGUUUAUAGCCUGAAAUUGGAUACUUGGAAAAAGAUUGAAAAAGUUUCACUUCGUGUUUUGGACGUGAGUAGGCCUAGUUUUGCCAAUGGUUCUAUGAGCUGGAUUGUGAGGGAAAGAAAACUGUCAAAUUCUACCUUUUCACUUCUUAGCCUCUGUCUUAGAACCGAGGUGUUUCAAUUAGCGUCAUUGCCCAAGGAUUUAAUCCCGGGACUAGAUUUUUCCUAUGUAUGCUGCCAUUAUUUGAAUUAUUGUUGCUACUGUUCGGAUUGGACUUAUAAGGGGUAUUACCAUCGUUUCUCAGACGAUCAUGAUUUAUGGAAUAUAAUGGACUGUGAAAAUAGUGAUAUUUGGACUAAGUUAAGGUUGCCAAUUUCUGAUGGUGAAGAGGGAAUGGGUGCCAGUGAAAUAUACCAGCAGCAACUUAAGGAAUCAUUGCUGAAAAAAUUACUUUCCGAAUUUCAAUCAUUGCAGAAAAAUCCCAAAUACAUGACAAUAUUCCCUGAAGACAGGUGUAGUUGGAUUGACAGUCUUGUUCGAGUUGAAAGAAGCAACAAUAAGUCGAAAAAAUGA